AACAUAAUGUGUGCAGUGGAAGGGAGGCUCCUGUGCUGGUGCGUGCGUGUGCACGACGACAUUGACGAGAACACGCACGUAGCUGUCAGUAGGAAACGCAGGCUGCUGGUGUUGGAUGUACCGCCGCCGCUCUGCUUGGAUACAUGAAAUCAAAGAAACUACGUUCUGUUUCUGAAUGAAAACUACUCAAUAGAAGCUCGCUUGCAUUCGGCGAUAAUUGUCGCUGCAGGCCCGCAUGUCUAACUUGGGUAACCGAAACACUCGGCUAGCUAGCUAGGCUAACAGAAGCAGAACACUACCCGCGCUAAUGCUAAUAGCUACAUUGGGCUAAAUAAGCUAACUUGGCCAGCGAGCUCGCCGAUUGCGAGACGCCUGCGCUUCCAGGUCGUCACCCGGUUGCGCGGUUCCUGCCCCCGGUCACGCCUUUUCGUCGUAUUGCAUUUCGCUGAAGGGGUUGCGGAAACCCGGAGCAGUGGCGGGGGGAGCGUACGGCUAGGAACCCCCCUCCCCCCUGGCCGUCCAGGCGGACGGAUCACGGUGACACGCCGGUUUGUUGGUGAGAUCAGGGAGGAAUAAUGGCUGAACUCGUCACCCUAUCCCCAUCACCCCCUGCUUUGAGUGACCCUCACGCAGUCCCAUCCGUCCCUCCAUCCUCUUCGGUGCUCCCUACUACCAACAGCCCGGCUCCAGAGUCUGCCCGGGACAAGUCCGUGCCCAAGUCUUCCCUCUACAAUGACAAAGCUUUGACUGGAACCAGUCCUGCUGCACCAUCAGGGGAUUCACCCUCCACUCCCCUCCCACCUUUGAGUCCUCCCAAACUCACUGCCGAAACUCCUCUCGCAUCGUUGGUACGCGAGGCUGCUCCACAGACGGACGCCUCAGCAGGGAAAGAUUCAGAGGUCGGCGCUCAUGUUAUGGAGCGGGAAACAAUGAGCAGUGACCCACCGGCCGCAGAGCUCUUUAAUACUGAAAAGGAGACCCCAGCACUGACAAGCGAGCCAUCGGCUCAGAGCGAAGUGCAACAGGCCUCCCCCUCUCCUGAUCUCAAUCCUGGUCCUAAUCUCUACCCCAAUGUGCGUGUCACACACAAUCCAAAUCCUGUAAUGGAUGAUGGUCAAUUUACUGCGGGCCAACCACAAAUUGCUGCGGCUUCCGAUCCCGCCCCCGCCCCCGCCCCUGCGGAGUCCGGUGAAACGGCAACAUUAGCAUCAGCUACAGCCGAAGAGGAGGAACCUCCCCCACCCCCGCAAGCACAAGACCCUCAAAGCCAGCCUCCCCCCACCCCCCCGAAGCCCGUCACCCCCAGUGAAGCAAUGAAAGCACAAGUGCCCGGCUCCCCUACCGGAGCCGAACACCCCAGUCCGACUGUCCCACUGAUCCAGGAGCCGGGCCCUGGCUUCGCGCUGCCUUACCCGAAACCCCGGCCGGCCCCCGACACCCUCAGCUACCUAGAGUCAGCCAGCCUGAUGUCAGGGACGUUGGAAUCUCUAUCUGGGCUGGGAGAGGACGGCAGCUCUGUGGGCUCUGACUCAGAGAUAAACGGCAUGGCUGUCAGGCGCACUGAUAAAUAUGGCUUCCUGGGUGGGAAUCAGUACAGUGACACUGGAGAAAAGGAUAUUCGAGUUGAAGUGGCCAGACAAAGGGAGGUGAAAUGGCUGGAUAUGUUCCACAACUGGGAUAAAUGGAUCAAACACCGCUUCCAAAAGGUGAAGCUGCGCUGCAGGAAGGGGGUUCCGUCUUCUCUCCGAGCCAAAGCCUGGCAGCUGCUGUCCAACAGCCAAGAGCUGCUGGAUGCCAACCCCGGAAAAUUUGAGGAGCUGGAGAGAGAGCAGGGAGAAGCUAAGUGGCUGGACAUUAUAGAGAAAGAUCUCCACAGACAGUUUCCCUUCCAUGAGAUGUUUGCUGCUCGUGGUGGCCACGGGCAGCAGGAUCUGUACCGGAUCCUGAAGGCCUACACCAUUUACCGGCCUGACGAGGGUUACUGCCAGGCCCAGGCUCCGGUGGCCGCGGUGCUGCUCAUGCACAUGCCAGCUGAGCAAGCUUUUUGGUGCCUCGUCCAGAUAUGCGAGAAGUAUCUUCCCGGCUACUACAGCGCUGGACUGGAGGCGAUCCAGCUGGACGGCGAGAUCUUCUUCUCCCUGCUGCGGCGCACGUGUCCGAUGGCGUACCGUCACCUUAAGAAGUUCAAGAUUGACCCGAUUCUCUACAUGACCGAGUGGUUCAUGUGCAUCUUCUCGCGCACCUUGCCCUGGGCCAGUGUGCUGCGUGUCUGGGACAUGUUCUUCUGUGAAGGGGUGAAGAUCGUGUUUCGCGUGGGGCUGGUGCUACUGAAACAGAUGCUCGGCUCUGUGGACAAACUGCGGGAAGUGCAGGGCAUGUAUGAGACCAUGGAGCGCCUCAGGAACAUCUCACCCGACGCCAUCAGAGAGGAAAUACUGGUCCAGGAGAUUAUCAUCACCCCGGUGACGGAGUCGCUCAUCGAGCGGGAGUGCAACAUCCAGGUGAGGAAGUGGCGGGAGUCCAGAGGGGAGCUGACGCACCAGCCCGGCCGCCGCCUCCACGGCACCAGGGCCAUCUUCGAGUACAAGCGCCGCGCCGCCUCCAUCAGCUCCGGCGGCAGCUUCUCCUUCCUGGGAAGCUCCGCCCCGCCGCCGGGGCCCCUCAGGGCCUCCUCCAGCCUCCUCUCGCUCCCCGGCUUCCGCAGGUCCAAGGCCCCCUUCCACUCCCAAGCCAAGAAGAGCUCCUUCUCGGGGCCCUCGUUGAUGGAGUCUUCGCGCCUGGAGCGGGGCCCCAGCCACAAACCGCCCAUCCCCCACGGGGCCGCUCAGAGGCCUCUGGCGCCCCACCUCCGGAGCCCCUUAGUCGGAGGCGCCUCGGGCUCAUCAGGCGGGCCUGCUGCGGCCUCGGCAGACCCCUCGGCACGGGGCCAGCCUGCCGCUUCGGCCCCGACACAAAGCGCAGCGGCACCGGCAGCGGCACCGGCAGCGGCACCGGCAGCAGCAGCACCGCCCAGCACUCUGUCCCCCUCCCCCAGGGUCGUCUCCGAGCAGGUCACGCCCACCAUCCCCUCGCCCACGGCCAACAACGCCCCCCGUCCGCCCAUCGCAGAGUCGAAAAAGGAAGUGGCGCCGGCGCCCGACGCCCCGACCGGGGAGGAAGAGGCGAAGAAGAAGAGGAAGAGCAAAGAGGACAAGAAGAAGGAAAAGGACGAGGAGAAGAAAAAAUUGAAGGAGAAGAAAGAGAAGGACAAGGCCGAAAGGGAGCGGCUCAGGAAGGAGAAAGAGAGGCUGGAGAAAGAGAAGAAGAAAGGGGGGAAGAAAAAGGACAAAGGGGGAGGAGACGCGGAGGAGAAGAAUGGAGCUGCGGCAGCAGGAGAUUCGGCCUAGUUCCCCCCCCCCCUCUUCAUCCAGGAUAAUGAAAAGGGACGGAGAGCCGAGGAGAGGACAGGGGAACAAAAGUCUCCCAGUCACAGAAAGAGUUGUUCAUAAAAAAAGACAAUUAGAAAAAUGGGGUAGCUUCCUCACGCAUCAUUUCAAGGACCACGCGGAGAAAACUGGAUUAUGGUUUUAAUAGCACCUCGAGGGGCGGUUUGACCCCUCGCUCUGUCCCCUCGUUUAGUUUUUGUAAGAUGGGGACGAAUUUUCUUUUUUUUUUUUUUUUUCCCAACUGGAGCAUGGACUGUGAAUUACAGAUUACAGUCAUUUAUUUUUUUUAGUUUUUGGUUUUCAAAUUCUCUUUGGUUGUCAUUAUGAUUUUAAUGGUUCCACAGAAGUAGUUUCCGGUGCCAUAGAGUAUGUAAAUAAAAGGUCCACCUGUUUAGCACGCGGUGCUCUGCUUCUCAAACACAGGCACUGAAGGCAGCAAUGCUAGUAAUGUUGUUGAGGAUGUAUUUAUUGUCUCGUUAAAUGUAGUGAGUGAGUGUGUGUGUGUGCCUUAAUAGUGUAGUGAAAUGUGUUAUCGUUCUGUGUGUGUUUGGCCCCCAUGUUUUCAGUCUCCCUCUGGCUGCUUUUUUUAUUAUUAUUAUUAUUUUUUUUAAAUCCCUGAGUGGUUCUUCUUGCAGUGGAAGAAACCUGGAGGAGGAAAUGAAGGCACGGACGUACAAGAAGGAGAACAUUAACAACACAACCAGGCACCACAAAAUGUGUUUUUUUGUAGUCGCACAAAAGAAAACCCAGCAAGCAUUUUAUUGUUUUUAUUUCAAUUUCUUUUGUCUGAGUUUUUUGCAUAAAGCAGGCGGAACACAGUUGAUGAACUGGUUGCCGUGCACAAGCCCCGCGGACCGAAUCUCUCUUCAAAUUAGUAUUAUUUCUGCUUUGGGUCGAACAAAUUGUUAUUAUUUUUUUUUUUAUUUAGCCAAAUUUCCGCGCGGGUAAGAAGUUCGCGGACCCGUUGGAAUGUGACCUGGAGUAACUUGGAGAGAAUGAAGGAAGAUGUUUUGCACCACUGAAGUCGACCACUCCGUUAGCGCAGCGACGUAGAAAACGAGUCUCAGUCUAAAAUCUGCCUCGAGGACCUAUAGGAAGCCACUUGACUGGAGGCGCCAGGUGUGCCAAUGUAGCAUUGACCUCCGAUCUUUGGCCUUCGGGCCCUGGUGUAUUUAUGUACAAAGUGGUUAAUUUAAUCAAAUAUAGUAUAUUAUGAAUUAUUAUUAUUGUUUUGCAUCUGACUAUUUUUCUAAUGUGAGCGAGAGACACCUGGUCGACUGGAACUACGCGCAGCGUGAUCAUCUAAGUGUUUAUUUUUGAUUUCCUUUGCACGCCAUUUGCUUCCCCUCCUACACGACCACCUCCAUGCAUGUCUUUGCUAUUCUUUAGGUUCACUGUCACUCGUCGGUUAGGUCAAACGACGUGCUUUGCUGACGUGUUGGAUGGACUCUGGCGCCACGACGGGCCUCCGAUGGAACUAAACUGUUUUUUGUUUUUUUUUCCAGACGGGAUUUUUGGGAGUUGCCGCUCUUAAUCGUACUGUAUAAUAUACUAAAGAAGUGAUUUGUGAGCUUUGGAUGGCUCUUGAAUUGGAGACCUCGGAGUACGUCUGUCUCAACAAAAAAAAAAAAAAAGUUGUGUUGUAACAC